AUGCCUCCGAUUAUAUACACUCCGCAGUACUUUCCCUCCGCCCCGGCUCCGAUAACCCCCACUACGCAACACCAUCCGUACGAGGAAAGUUCGGCAUCAACGUUCAGACAAUAUCCGGAGACUGCUUCGGAAGUCUCUGAGAAUCGCUGGACUGCUCCUUUCAGGGACGGUCUGCCAACUCCUCCAAACGACAUGACGGGGGUAGCCUACAAGUCUCUCCCACCGUCCAGCUAUGGGGUCAAACAUGAUGCAAUCACACUUCCCCCCUAUGUUAGAGCGUCCGCUUAUACUCGCACMGGCUACGACUCUUCUUCCACAAUGAUACCUUCAAUCAAAGCGCAGAGUCAACCUCAAUCUACCCACAAUAUCCCAGCAUCCGUGCCAGCAAACCAGAAGAAGGCCAACACCAGUUCGGCGGCGUCUUACCUGCAAAUUCCAUGCUCGAUCAAUGAUAGCAAGGGCAGCCUGUCUGAAUUCGCUGCGCAGAUGACUUGUUUGUUCUGGUUCGAAAGCACAUCAAAGUUGAAGACCAUCGAGAAUCGCGUGAAUACGCUGCCUUCUCUUGUUCCGGAGGCGUUUCCUUCUCCUGGAUUCAAGAAGUGGGUAACGAACAUUCUAUCGACGACGCAGGUUAGCCAGAAUGUGAUCUUACUGGCACUCAUGUUUAUCUACCGAUUGAAGAAGUUCAAUCCUGCGGUGCGGGGAAAGAAAGGCAGUGAGUUUCGGUUGAUGACCAUUGCCCUGAUGCUUGGAAACAAAUUUCUCGAUGACAACACAUAUACGAACAAGACGUGGGCCGAGGUUUCCGGUAUCCCAGUCCAAGAAAUCCAUGUGAUGGAAGUCGAGUUCCUCAGCAAUGUGCGGUACAAUCUCUACGCAUCAGAGGAGGAAUGGGCUCAAUGGCACACCAAACUGGGGGUUUUCUCAGACUUCUUCAACAGAGCAGUUGUGAUCCCAGAUGAGGUCGACUUGAGCCCUACGACUCCUGUAUUGCGCAUAUCUCCUAGCCUUCGAGCAACACCCCAACUUUCGUCGUCGACUCCGUCCAAGUUACCAUCUCCACCAGCAUCUGAUCCUGUUCGCCCGCAGGCAGCGUGGAAUCAACCCUGCAAUACUUAUACUACUCUUCCUCAGCUUGGUAGUGAUAUUCAGCUCGCCAACCCUCGCAAACGGACUCGGGACGAACAAGUCGAUGAGCAUCCCGCAAAGAGAGUCGCCGUGCCCCAGAUUAUUCCACCAGCUUCUACCCUACCACCGACUUCCGCCAUGACAAGCCUCCCGGCCCUGCCACAGGUUGUCACACCCACGUCUGCUCCUUCAUCACACCAAACUUUCAUUCCUGGACCUAUUCCCCACCUGCCACGUCCCAACCUCCCUGUUUCAUCACACACACUGGUUCCAAGCGUUCCCGCAACCACGCCCCAACAACCCUCUACUGCCGGUCGCGCUAUACCUCCGACUACGUACAGUUCGUCCACGACCUGGGCGCCAUCGGUCCCACUUGUGACCACUGUGCCGCCCAUUAUGAAUGGCAUUUACCAUACCCCAAUCUCGCUACCCGAUCCUGGAAGAUAUCACGCGAGUCCCUACGGGAUGUCGUCGGCCACAGUCUCACCAGCGGUGUCGGCCUACUCUGUACACACACCUCAAACACAUUUGUCACCCUCUUUCUUUCUGGCAAACCGGAAUUCGCCUUACCGACCAGUCCGAGCUGUCAACACCCUGCUAAUUCCACCCCCGUCAACAUCUCUCCAGCAGCAGCGCAGCGUUCCCUUUGACCACAUGCACUACCAGCCGCUUGGGAAGACAGCCGCGGAGCGUAAAACAGGCGUGUUGCCCUAUCUUCAUCACGAAGCAUGGCCGCAAGGGCCCUUCAUCCAGCCGAAUUUUCAAUCAACUCCAAACUACUCGAGUUGA